AUGGACUGGAAAUUAAUUCUAAGUGAAGUAACUUAUUUAGAUGACAGAUUUUUAGAUGUUGGAUUUGAGUUAGACAGAGUGCUACAAGGCUCAGUAGAGAGGCCUGCCCAUUGGAAGGAAUGCAAAAAUGUGUUGAUUAAUGUGUUCCCGGCACUUAUUGAAAGGGUUUAUAUCCAAAGAUAUAUGAACGUAAAUGCAACAAAGAUACAAAUUGAAGAAAUGUUUCUAAACGUAAAAAAAGAGUUUCAUUCAAUGCUUGACCAUAAUGGGUGGAUGGAUGAACAAACAAAAAUAGCGGCUUUUGAAAAGUUGCAAAAAUUGAAAGUGCUUAUAGGGUAUAUGGACAGCAUAUUUAAUGAAACAAAGCUUGAAAAAUUGUAUUCUGAGUUUACUGUCAUUUCCGGCCAACCUUUUGCCGAAGCAAUGGAUUCUCUAAAUAUUUUGAUGAAUCAAAAGUCAAUGCUUCAAUUAUUAGAUCCUGUUGAAGUAGAAUUUAGCAGUUUGGGUAUUAACGGAUUUUAUUAUCCAAUUAAAAAUGUUAUAGUUUUGACUGGAGGUAUUUUACAAGGGGUUUUCUUCAAUUCGACUACUCGUCCAAUGUAUAAAUUUUGA